AUGAAGCACCUGGCGUUCCUUCUUGCUGCCGCGUCAGCUUGCGUAUCCCAAGCACACGCCGACUCUCCCCAUAUCGCUCGAGUAGAGUACGCAGAGCCGCUUGACCUGCCAGAAGCCUCCGCCCAAGUCGACACACAAGAUGCUGCAGUCAUAGUCGACCGCGCGAUAGACGCUGCACCUUCUGGAUACAUUCCAUCCUCGUCAGCAUGCCCCGAUUCACCUCCCACGAUCCGCUCAGGUAGCACCAUCGGCCCGGAUGAAAAGACAUGGCUCCCCAAGCGUCGCAAAGAGACGAUACCUUAUAUGCGCCGUCUUAUCAAGCGCCUGGCCAUUACCGAUUUCGACAGCGAAAACUACUUUACCAAUGUCACACACAAUUCCACGAAGCUGCCCAACAUUGCCAUCGCCAUAUCUGGAGGCGGCUACCGUGCCAUGGUUGGUGGCGCAGGCGCAAUUGCCUCUUGGGAUGCUCGCUCCGCUGGCAGCGAGGAGAAGGGCAACCUCGGUGGCCUGCUGCAAAGCGCAACCUAUAUAUCUGGGCUUUCGGGCGGCGACUGGCUCGUCGGCAGCUUAUAUGUUAAUAAUUUCACCUCGGUUCAAAGCGCUGUUGACGCUCCUCUCAUCUGGCAGUUGGAAAACAGCAUCUUCAAAGGUCCCGACCAGUAUAGCGUCCGAGGAUACUACACUGACAUCUUCAACCAAGUAGAGGCCAAGUCCAACGCCGGAUUUAACGUCUCAGCCAGCGACUACUGGGGCCGCAUGCUGGCAUAUCAGAUGGUCAACGCCAGCAAUGGUGGGCCAGGAUAUACUUGGAGCUCCAUUGCCAAUGAUGCAGACUUUUCAGCCGGCAGGGCGCCCAUGCCAUUUCUGCUCGCAAACGGCCGUAGCCUUAUAAAGACUACCAUUGCUUCCACCAACUCGACAGUUUACGAGUUCACACCCUGGGAGCUCGGCUCUUCGGACCCGACCCUGUCUGGAUGGGUGCCGCUCCGGUACGUGGGCACAGUAUUCGAAAAUGGCCAAGUGGCGGACCAGGAUAAAUGCGUCACGGGCUUCGACAAUGCCGGUUUCGUCAUGGGCACCACGUCGUCCAUUUACACACAAUCCAUCUCGUACCUCAAAGACAAUAACAAGAAAUACGUCCCCGGCGACGUCCCUGAUUUCGCCAUCAAGACGGCCGCGAAGCUCAUUUCCGCGCUGAGUGACUCCAACUCGUACGAUAUUGCCGAAUGGUCACCGAACCCUUUUCGCGGCUUCAACACGGCCACCAACCGCAACGCCAACAACUCGCGCCUCAACCUCGUCGACGGCGGUGAAGACGCCCAAAAUAUCCCCUUUCACCCGCACUUGCUCCCCGACCGCGAUGUAGACGUCAUCUUCGCCUACGACUCGUCUUCGGACACGGAGUAUGGCUGGCCCGACGGCUCCGCCCUCGUUGCGACCUACGAACGCUCGCAGCAGUCCGCAUUCAAGGAUACGCCCUUUCCGUCGGUCCCGGACAAGAACACCAUGCGCAACCUGGGCUUUAACACACGGCCGACUUUUUUCGGUUGCAACGCCACCAACUUUACCGCGCACGGCAGCGACGUCGCUCCUCUGGUCGUCUGGCUGCCUAACCACCCCUACGUCUACGACGGCAAUUUGACCACAUUCACCUGGACCGUCAACGACGGCGAGCGCGCCGCCAUCAUCGACAAUGGCUGGGCCGUCGCCACCCAGCUCAAUGCCACCCGAGAUACCGAGUGGCCCGCCUGCGUCGCGUGCGCCAUCCUUGCCCGCAGCUUCUACCGCGCCAAUGCCACCGUCCCCGCGCAGUGCACCAAGUGCUACGACCGCUACUGCUGGAAGGGAAACACGAAUACCACCACCCCCAGGGGACCCUACGACCCCACUUACUAUGGCAAACCCAUCAUUGUCAACGAUAACGCUGCUGUCGGCCGCGUGCCAGUCGCCACGUCCCAGCUGCUCACCGCGAUGCUGUUUGUGACAAUGGUGCUUGUGCUAUGA